CGCAACAACAGGCGUUCGGCCCGCAGACUUCAAACCCAGCCCUGGCGCGUCGACAACCUCGGAUCGUUUUUAGGUACAGGCAGUCUGAACUGUGGACAGAGUAAACUAUCUCCAUAGCAUACGCUCUGCCGCAAUCAUGAUUGAUAUCGACAACCUGCGAACAGCGUCGCUGUACAUCAACAACCAGUUGUUAUCGCGGGGCUUACUGAGAGACGGGCAAACUAUUGACUUCGCCGGAGCCGGCAAGGGCGAAGACGAUCACGCGACAACGACGGGGAAGAUUAUAAGCAUCGUUAACGACCUCAUUUUGCGACGCGAUCGCGAUGCCCAACAACGAGAAUCUCUAUCAACAGCGAUGCGAUCGAUGCGAAAUGACAACCUAGCACAUACAACAAACAAUCAGCGCUUAACUGAAAAAGCAGCUGAGCUUCAGAGGAAGUUCGACAUUACAGCAGCGGCUGAAGCUGGCUUGAAGAGAGAAAUGAAGACGGCUGAAGCGACAAUCCGUGGAUUGAAAGACGAACUAGCCCGUACCAAGACCCUCGUUGGGCAGACACGAUUGUCAUGUGCAAACGAGGUGCGUCGGCGCGAUCGACAAAUAGAUACGUUGAAGAAGCAAGUUGCAGAAGCAGGUCGGGCGCGAGGAGUACGAACGAAUCCGGCCAUUACGUCAAUUACUGUUUCUGGAGAGAUGCCAACAACGCAGCCAACAGUUGAUGAGGACCGGAUGCUUCAAGAAGAAGCUCAAUCCUCUAUGGCGAAGCUAUCUCGCGAUUUGAACCGCGAAAAUGAAGCGAUCCUAGUCAUACUCAACACUGCCAUGGAACAACUACGGGAAAUGAGCGGCUGGCAGCGACCGGACGAUACAGAACCCCAGGUUCGACGAAAUUCCAACCUGGAGAAUAUGACAACCGAGAUGGACAUGGUUAUGGGACAUAUGCGACACCUCCUUACGAACCCAUCCUUUGUGCCAGUAGAAGAAGUGACGAUGCGCGAAGAAGAGAUAACCCGUCUCAAGACUGGAUGGGUGAAAAUGGAGAACCGUUGGAAGGAUGCUGUUCAUUUGAUUGACGGUUGGCGCAAGCGCAUGUCGACAAGUGGACAACCUAUUUGUGAGGCAGAUUUGCAAAUGGGCUUACGCCUAAGCCCUGUUCGAGUACGAAAUGUGCGAGAAACCCAAGAAAGCUCCGAGUUUGGUCUCGCCAGCGUAGAUGAGGGCGAUGAAGAAGGAGAAGAAGAGGGCGAAGGAAGCUUGGUCGAUUCACAACCAGCCUCUGCAACAGACUUUGUCGAUGGUGAGGUUAUCGAGGACUUUAACGAAAGCGACAGUGACUCCAGCCAUUUUGACGACGAACAUGAAUAUGACGAGGUUGUUGAUGCUGUCGAUGAAGUGGGGGAAGCUAGUCCCGAUGUCGCCAUGGAGGAUAAAGGCCCAGAGGAUGAGGACAAUGAUGGCCAAGACGUGCAGGAAGACGCACCGCCAAUCCAAAAACAGCCGCAGCUCAAGAACUCUGCAUCCGCAGGUAAUCGAUUCGGCGCAAUCAAGGGCAAAAAAGAGCUCACGACCUCAAAGCUAAUCACUGAAGACGCGCUAAAAGCACCUCAAGGUGCAACAGCCGUCACCCGUCAAACCAGAAUCCCUACACAAUUAUCUCGCCCUAUUGAACGUCGAACCACCUCACGGCCGGAAGCGACCAAUACAGCGACAUUGCCCACGGCAUCAAAACGAUCAGUUACAGAAGGCAGCAUCGCUGUGCCGAAAACACGCUCUCGCUUAGAGACGCCUGCCAAGGUCAAGGACUCGUUACGGGCCGGUGCAGCAAAAAAUCCACUAUUAAAGCCGCAAGAACCACUCUCUCAAGGCAGCCCAAUUACAAUGACUACCAUUGCCGCAAAAUUGGCGGCAUCAGAGCGCGACGCCGACGCAGCCCGUGUUCGAGCCAAGCUCAAGGCCGCGCAGCUCCGCAAGCCAUCAAGAACUACGCCGCCGCAAGCCGCCGCUGCUCCGGCCUCGGCCGACAAGCCUCCGGCGAAACAGGAUGACGCAGAGGUUGAGAAUGGAGAUCCGGUGAAGCAAGAGCCAGUUUCACCAGUAGCUAAGCCGGAAAAGAGAAAGCGGGAAGUGAAGGCUAGCAUGCGGGCAUCUAGACGACGAAGCACAUUAAGUCCGUGGGAGUUGGAAACAUUGAUAACGGGUAGAGCGCAAGGAGAGUAAUUAGUCACACACCAUGACAUUCCUAAACAUCUAGACAAAAUCUAAAAUGUAUUAAGAUUAUUUUACGAGUUUACGAGUUUAUUAAGUUACAAGAUUGCCUAGUUUUCGAGUUUACGAG